UAAGAAAAGCCCUCCUGGGCAUUUCCUAGCUCCCCGCUCCCCUCCAUCCAUCAGAAAACAACUGGACACCCCGAGUAAAGCUGGACUAAGAAGAUGGGGUCAAGGAAGCCCACUUGCCUGCCGGAGACCGUGUGGGAAGAUAAACGCAAGUACGACGAAGCGGAGCGGCGGUACUACGAACGGGAGGCCGCGCAGGCGGCCCCUGAGGCCUCGCCUCCCCCCGAGGCGCUGAACGGCCUCAGCCAGGAGGAGUCCGGGGACAGCGGUGGGCAGGACCCCCGGAUGCAGAAGAAGAGGAAGCGCUCACCCAGGCACAAGACCCCCGGCCUGGAUCUUGCCCUGGUGGGCCUGUCGGCGGACCACGUCUGGUUUGACAAGCCGCUCUUCGACCGGGCCGAGCGCACUUUCCGAGCGAUGCUGGCCGACGGGCCGGCGGGCGAGGGGCCCGAGGCGGAGGCCGCCGAGCCGCCCCCGGCGGGUACCCCCUGCGACCACGGGAACCGGACGGCCUGCCACCACGUGGUCCGCGGCAUCUGGGUCAAUAAGUUUUACUUCGACCGGGCCGAGAGGGCGUUCGUGGAGCGCACCCAGGUGUCCGCCCCUCCUCGGCCUCUGGACCUCCCCGCUCUGCCCCGGCCGGAGGCCCACCAGGCCAGCGGGUGGGGGACCCCGGAUGAAGGGUAUAUAACGGCCGUGCCCACCCCGGCCGCGGCGGGGCUGCCCCCGGCCGGGGAGGAGGGCCCAACGGGAAGCCCCCCCUUCGCCCUCGGUUGGCCUGGCCCCUCCAGCCCGCCGGCCAACGGCAAACCCCAGCCGGCCGGCCUCCGGGCCCCGACGGCGGAGCCCCGGUUCGCCAGCGCCGAGCGCUGCUUCUACCAGGCCGCGUUCGACGGCCACCCGCCGGGGAAGGUGAGACUGCAGGAGCGGGAGGGCUGGCAAGACGCAGCCCGCCGGGGACGGAAGGACAGGCGGAACCGCAACCCCCCCGGCAAGAGGCCCAAGCGGGCCGAGCCCUGCGGUCCCAAGGAGGCCGACUCCCCUCCGCCCACCUGCUACUUCCCGCGUGAGGACAGCGAGCCGCGCUGGCCCGGCAAGCCGCCCCUCGGCGGCCCCGGCGCCCGCCACCGAGCCGCCAGAACCCUCCGGACGGCUCGCCCGGCCCUCGCCCGGAAAGCCCCGCCGGCCGCCUCGGCACCCGGCCCUCUCCUCGACACCCGAGACCCCCACUCCGUUUCUGCAAUCAGACCAAAAAAAAUGGCAACCAGCUUCCUGAUGCAAGAGAAAAUCUGGUUUGACAAAUUCAAAUAUGACGAAGCCGAGCGCAAGUUCUACGAGCAGAUGAACGGGCCCGUCAACAGCUCUUCCUGCCCCCAGGAGAACGGAGCCAGCACGAUCCUCCGCGACAUUGCCAGAGCCAGAGAGAAUAUCCAGAAAUCCCUGGCCGGACUCAAGACGGUUCUGCAGAGCCCCCCUGAGACCCCGAGCCAGGCAGACGCGGGUGCUAGCGCGCCAGCAGGCUCCUCCACGGGCCCCAGCGGGGACCACAACGAACUGGCGAGCAGGGUCGCCAGCCUGGAGGUGGAGAACCAGAGCCUUCGCGGUGUUAUUCAGGACCUGCAGCUGGCGAUGUCCAAGCUGGAAGCAAGGCUGAGCACCCUGGAGAAAUGCUCUCCCUCCCACCGUUCCCCAGCCCCGCAGACCCAGCACGUGUCUCCCAUGCGGAAAGUGGAGCCAUCAGCCCCAGCCCCCGCCCCUAAGGCAGCCACCCCGGCGGAGGACGACGAGGACGAUGAGAUCGACUUGUUCGGCAGCGACGACGAGGAGGAGGACAAAGAAGCGGCCCGGCUGCGGGAGGAGAGGCUGCGGCAGUAUGCCGAGAAGAAGUCCAAGAAGCCCGGCCUCAUCGCCAAGUCCUCCAUCCUCCUGGAUGUGAAGCCGUGGGACGACGAGACGGAUAUGGCCAAGAUGGAGGAGUGCGUUCGGUCCAUCCAGCUGGACGGCCUGGUGUGGGGGGGCUCGAAGCUGGUUCCCGUGGGCUACGGCAUCAAGAAGUUGCAGAUCCAGUGUGUGGUGGAGGACGACAAGGUGGGCACAGACAUCCUGGAGGAGGAGAUCACCAAGUUCGAAGACUACGUUCAAAGUGUCGACAUUGCCGCUUUCAACAAGAUCUAAGCGCUCCCGAAACUUGUGUGAAACUAACGAAUAAAGAGCCCAGCUUGGAGCAUA